AUGGAUGACGAAGCCAACUACGCGCCGAAGCACAAGUGGGCGAAGAGGGUGGCUGCAGCGGGGCUAGCGGGGCUUGCCGGGUACGGGACGUACGAGUUUAUGCAGCCGGACAAACAGUUACUCCGCCAUGUCACGUAUGGAGUGGGCACGGGGGCGCUGCUCGGUGCGGGCUCGAGUCUCUUAUUCGAAGACUCGCCUUUCUUAACAGGCUAUGUGGCUGGAGGGGUGGGAGCGGGGGCAGCGUCAGUGCUUGGGAGCGGUGUUUGGGGGCUGUCGAGGAAUGGUUAUCGCGGAGUGAAGGCGCUCGUGGACCUUGCGAAACCGCCGGUAACCCAGACGGGGGCUUGCAUGCCAUGCGGGGUCCCGAGGAGUAGAUUGUGCAGGGAAUGCAUGCAGGGUUUGUACCAUUCAUAA